AUCGCAUGCAAUCGUUUUACUCUUCUGUGGAUACUUGCGGGAUGGCCGGUCUUUUCUACAUGAGCCUCAGACGACUGUCCAGGAGGUUUCCCGUUCUGGCGCCAAAGGCAGCAGUGGUUUGCGAUGAAAUGCUGGCGAGCGCAGCUGGCUUGGAUGUACUACGUCGCGGUGGCAACGCGGCUGACGCAACGCUCGCAAUGGCGGCCUGCAUGCAGGUUUUGCAGCCUUACACCAUGGGACUUGGCGGGGACUGCUUCGCCCUGCACUAUGAGCCCCAGACGAAGAAAGUGCGAUGUGUGGACGGAUGCGGAAGAAGCCCGGCUGCCCUGUCGUUAGAACUCGUGAAAAAUUCCAAGGACCAGCGUGACUGCUCCUCGGUGGAGCACGUCUCAGGCCUGCAAGCAACAGUGCCGGGGGCGGCAAAAGCGUGGUUUCACAUUGCCCGCCACUUUGGCUCGGGAAAGAUGACAAUGAGCGAGCUCUUCGCACCAGCGGUGCAUUACGCCCAGCACGGUUUCCCCAUGGACCACGUGAAGCAGAGCGUUUGGCAGCUCCGGCACAAGGCGAUGCUUGAGAUUCCUGGUGGGCGUUACUUCCUGGAUGAACAUUCUUGUGUGCCAGCCCUCGGCCAGACUAUCAAAAACCAACCAUUGGCGGCACUGCUGAAGAAGUUCACCCGCGAGGGACCCCAAGCCGUGUACAAGGGCAUCGUAGCCGAAAACAUCGCUGACGCCGUGCGCCGAGCGGGUGGAGUCCUUUCUACUCAGGACCUUGCAGAUCACCUUGCAUCGGUGGAACCUCUCGACGUGGAGCCUGCUUCUGCGACGUACCGCGGCAAUGUCAAAGUUCACACGACCCCGCUACCCACCCAAGGGGCCGUGGUGCUACAGGCGCUCAACAUAUUCGAGAGCUUUCAAUGGAGAGGCCUGCAAGAAACUCCGGGACAAUUUGAACACCUGAUGAUCGAAGCCCUUCGCCAUGCCGUUGCUGAUGGUCUUCGAUACGUGGCAGAUCCUGCAACCGGAGGCUCACUGGAGAAAAUGGUUUCCAAAGAACACGCGCAGAGAUGUGCAGAGAUGCUGAAUCCUGACAGGCGAGAAGAGACUGUGUACCCUGAACAAGCGCCAACCCCCGGUCGCUCUGGUACGACGUUCAUGGCGGCCGUUGACGAUACUGGAAAUGUAUGCGCUUUAAUGGGAAGCAAUUCAGAGUUUUUUGGAUGCACAGUAGUGGAGGAACAAGGUAUUUGCAUACAGACAAGGGCAACUGGAUUCAAUAAGGUGCCAGGCCACCCCAAUUGCGUUGGCCCUCGCAAGAAGCCUUACCACUCUGUCAUGCCUGUCAUGCUUACCGACGCCAAAUCAGGUGCCUGGCUCGGCACGCUAGGUUCCAUGGGAGGGAUAAUACAGACCAGCAUCAUCACACAGCUGUUGCUGAAUAUGCUGGAACUUGGUCUGGACCCACAAGAGUCCCUGGCACGGCCUCGCUUUCUGCUCGGCUCUCCUAAUAGAACCCAUCCUGAUGAUCCUCUUCUGGUGGAAGCUACAUAUCCAAAGGACGUGCUGCAGGCGCUCAAGAAUCGGGGCCAUAGCAUAAAGGACAAAUACGUAGACCCCCGAACACAUGGCGCAGGGCACGCCAACAUAAUGGCCAAGGCGUCGCUAUGGUGUGCCAAGGAAGAUGACAGAAAUACCGUCGCAGGCGAGCAUUAUGCCGACGACGGUCCCACCUGGUGCGGUGUCGAACCUCGCAUCAACGGAUCGGCCUUAGGGCGUUGAAAGGACUUGUAGUGGGACCCAUUUGCGCGGACAUUGCCGUUGCCACUUUGCAUUACUGAGGUGUAUGACUGAAUUUACUCAAUACCGCACCUUAUGGCAAGUAUUCCUGUUAUAAAAAUAGCGCUCCUCUUCAAUUUGGGUUAUUUGAAACACUGCGACUUUGGCUACCGUAACAUUCGCCACAUGGAGGGCGGCGU